UUCCCCCACGCUGGGAGGCCAGGCUUAAGCUUAGGUUUGCUGCCGCCGCCUCCUCCCACUGUUUUCGCUGUUGCUGUUUCUCCGACAGCCAUUUCGCGAGCGCCUGUCGUGAGCACCGAGAACUCGGGAAGGCGGCGGGUCCCGUGUGGCCAGGGGGCAUUAUGACUGAAGAGCAAUUUGUUAACAUUGAUUUAAAUGAUGAUAAUGUUUGCAGCAUAUGCAAAUUAGGAACAGAAAGAGAGACACUUUCCUUCUGCCACAUUUGUUUCGAGCUAAGCAUUGAAGGAAUACCAAAGUUUGAUCUUCUGCAUACAAGAUCAUUAAGGGGACAUAGAGACUGCUUUGAGAAAUUCCACUUAAUAGCAAACCAGAGUUGCCCACAAUCAAAAUUGUCCAAAAGUACAUAUGCAGAAGUGAAAAACAUUUUGAGCAAAAAAAUUAACUGGAUUAUACAGUAUGCACAGAACAAAGAUAGGGAUUUGGAUUCAGGAGGUUCGAAACCAACACAGCAUCGGAUUUUUAGUUUUAGACAUCAAAGAGAGAGAAAGUUACUUCCACAGUUUGAUUCCCAAGUCCCUAAAUAUUCUGCAAAAUGGAUCAAUGAAAGCUCUGGGAGUAUUACAAACUGUUCACAGAGUAUUCUAGAAUCAAGAGAAUCCAGUGAUUUUAGAUUUGACAUGUUGCAACAAAGAAGUGCACAAUUUUGUUGUAAUAAUUCAUUAUGGUCUAGUCAUAAUCAGUUAUCGGAAUUGGGAAAAACCAAAAAAGAUCCAGAUUCUUCUGUACGAAGAUUUCCACAAUACAGCAGAGAGCAGUUGAAUAUGAUGCCUCUGAGAGAAGUUGAGCAGCUGAAUGGGAAACUACUCAAACAAGUCCAUGAUGUGUUUGAAGAGUUAACGAAACAAGUACAAGAAAAAGACUCCUUGGCUUCUGAGCUUAAUGUCCGUCAUAUUGCUAUUGAACAACUGUUAAAGAACUGUUCAAAACUGCCAUGUUUACAGAUGGGACGGGCAGCCAUGAAAUCCAAUGUAUCCAUAUAGCCAUGGCAAACUUGCAUUUUCCACUUUUGCUUCUCUGUGAGUUAGACUUUGGGGAAAAACUUGCACAUUUGAGCAGUAUUUUGGGGGAAAAAUAAGCUUGUGGGUACACAAGGUAGCUAUAUGUAUUUGCAUUUUUAAAGACAAAAAUAAAGAUUGAUAGCAUUUUCAUUUUAUAUAAUCAUUUCCAGUAUUAGUUGAACUGUGUGAAUCCGUUGCUUCAUGGUACAAUGGGACACCAAGUCUUAAAAACAUGGUUGUUUAAGAGCCUCCCACAUUGGUUAUGUGCAUGCAUACACAUUGUCCAAACAUCAUGAUAUGAUUACCAUCUCUAUACUUUGAGUAGUAUAUUUGAGUGAAUACAAAAAAUCCCUCUAAAUUUUUUUUCCACCCUAAUAAAUAUUUUCCUUUGUCACCGAUUACCAAUAUUUCAGCUUAAUUUAACUAAUACUUCUAACCAUAUGUAAAUAACCUGGGAUAACAGGUGAAAUAUAGUUUUA